AUGAGUGAUAAUAGUUUUAACCUUUUCCCCCCUGAACAUACACAAAAUAAUUCUUCAACUUUUGCCUAUUCUAAUAAUAAUAACGCGUUUAAUAUUAGUACUUUUGGCAGAAGAUCUCAAACUGCCAAUUUAAACAAUAGUCCGCUUGGAUUUUUAACACUUUUAUCACCACCACAAUCUCAAUUUUCACUUGAAACAAGACCUCAACCUUUACUUUUUGGAACAAACCAAUCUCUGGUUCUACAACAGCCUCGACCUUUUUCUCAACUUACAAUUUUGAAUCCUCAAGAAAGCCAUCAUCAAAAUGGACUUGAUACUCCUCAACCAUAUAACCAAACACAAUUUAAUCCAAGUCUUCCUUAUAGUGGACAUCUUGAUUUCGUGGUUUUAAAUUUAAAUGAUAUCAUUAAAAAUCUUUCAAAGAUUUUUAAUUAUUAUGAUGUUUUGACUGGACAUCUCAAUAAUGAAAUUCAAAAUAUAAAUGCUCUUAAUGGAAAUGAACUUAUUAUUCAACUAAACAACCAAGCACAAUUUAAUUCUAGCUUUCCUUACAAUCACUACAACAACAACAAUCGUAAUAACGAACCAGGUGGAAAUAUUGAUAACAUGGUUCUAAAUUUGAAUGUUGUUAUUAAUAAAAGUAAAAGUCUUUCAGAGAUUUUAAAUGAUCACCAUGUUUUAGCUGGGUGUCUUGAUGACGAGGUUCGAAAUAUCCCAAGACUUCCUUAUAAUUAUUACAACAGCAACAACAAUCAUAAUAUUGAAUUAUUUGGGCGCCUUAUUGGAACAGUUCAAAAUUUAAACAAGAUCAAUAAAAAUCUUUCGGAAAUUUUGAAUGGUCAUCGUAUUUUAAGUGGGCAUCUUGAUAAUGGAAUUCAAAAUAUCUCAAGACUUUCUUACAAUUAUUACAACAACAAUGGUCAUAAUAACGGACAUAUUGACGAUGCGGUUUUAAGUUUAAAUGUUAUUAAUAAAAGUCUUUCAAAGAUUUUGAACGAUUGUGGUAUUUUAGAUGGGCAACUCAAUGAUGAAAUUCAAAAAAUAAAUUCUCUUAACAGAAAUCUUUCAAAUAUUUUUAAUAAUCAAUGA